CAUCCAAGCUUAUCGAUAAGAGCUGAUAAGAUUUCUCAACCAGCUUUUUUUCUCUCCGCAUCUCAUCCAUCUCAUCUCCAUCUCCAUCUCUUUAUCCCUCCAUUUCUCUAAUGCAACUACUACCCAAUACACACCACCAUACCCUUCAACAUUGGAAUCACCGACCAUGGCAACCCCCGACUCCCCCCUCUCCGACCUCUGCUCAAUCUGCCACAUCCAACCCCCCAAAUACCGCUGUCCCCGAUGCAACACCCGCACCUGCUCCCUCCCCUGCACACGCCGCCACAAACUCUGGUCCCAAUGUUCCGGCAUCCGCGACCCAGCCGCCUACCUCCGACGCAACGAACUCGCCACCGAAGCUGCCUUCGAUCGGGACUUUAACUUCAUCACGGGGAUUGAGCGCUCGAUUGAGCGCGCGGGUCGGGACGCUGAGAAUCGAGGGAUUGGGGUGGGGGAGGGGUCGGGGUAUGUGAGGGAUUUGGCGGUCGUGGGGUUGGAGGGGGAAAUUCAGGGUGAUAAUGGGGGGAAGAGGAAGAGGGGGCAAGAUGGUGGUGGAACAAAAGGGGAAAUUGGGUUUUUGAGACGGGUGGAAAAGGCGGGGGUCAAGGUGGUUAGGGCGCCCAAGGGGAUGAGUCGGAGUAAGAGUAAUGCGUCGAGGUGGUUGGUUAAGAAUCAGUGUUUGGUGUGGACGGUCGAGUGGAUCAUGGGCAAUGAAAAGAGGUUGAGGAGUUGUCAUGAGACGUCCACGAUUGCGGAUUCUUAUGAUCGCAUGUUUCCGAGGCCAAAGGAGAUUGCAGAGCAAAACCAGACAGAGAAGCCCGAGCAGGAACUCACCGGAGAGGCCUCGGACUCGGCUCAAGAUCCAGCUUCUACGGACACUACCCAGCCGACAAAUACGCCAGACGUUCAGACCGACACUCAGCCAGAAACAGCAGAUGCUACAACUGCCGAUACACUACCAGCAACUCCCCACCGCGACGUCUACUUUUACCUCCAUCGUCCACGCACCGCUACGAAGCAGCCGGUCCUGAUCCCUCUGUCCCCAGAACUGACCAUCACGGCUGCCCUAUGUGAUCACACCGUCCUGGAGUUCCCUACAAUCUACGUGCUGCCAGACUCACCUGAUGCCCUACAUGCCCAGGACUCCAAGUACCUCCUCGAGGAAGACUACCUCCGCACACACCAGUCCGCAGACGACACCAGCGAAGACGCGGCCGAGGACACUCAACUACCCCCCGGUGCUAUCGACCUAGGAGGCGUCGACGAGAAAAAGGUGCUGGAAGUACUCCAGAAGGAUCUGUUCGAACCUUCGACAGCCCCAUAGGCAUGGUCUAUGACCAUAGUCAUGACGGGAUACAUGUACAUUUACCUUGUUUAUCAUGGCGACUGAGCCGGUAGAACCGUGCUCAUACUUCCACCUCUAAUAAUCAAACUCGG